AUGGAUUUGAGGGUAUGGUGAGUUCAAGAAGACGAUUAGGUCAAAUAAUUCUUCUUAAUUUGUUCCAAUCGGCUUCCGAAACUCUUUAUAUCCUCUUAUUCUUGGCCUGCUAACUGGACUUUUUCUUGACGAAGUCAACUCUGAUAUGUUUCUUAUUGUUCUUGCUAGAAUAAGGCUAUAGAAACAAGAAGAGGACAAGGUUAGAGCUAUGGUAGUAUAAGAUAGGGCGAAAUGUAUAUGAUAGAACUAGAGUAGGACGAAACUUGAGUUAAAAUGGAGCUUGCAUAAGGAUAGGAUAGGUUUUCUCUACGUCGUUGUAUCAAUCAGACUAAAGUCACUAGUUUUGGCACCACCUAUGUUGAUGACCGUUUUUAAUCAAACGUAAAAAAUUAGUUUUUUGAAUUGUAAAAGCUACCGAAAAUGACCGCAUUGUUCCUUUCCAAACCUUUUUAUAAGACUUUACACUGAUUUCGAGUUGUAGUAAUAACUAACAAAACGGAAAUGUUACUGAUUCAGGUUUCUAGUUGUAAUGUUCGUUCUAAUUUUUCCAUUCUAGUGCAUCAAUUUUUGUCUGCAGUGUGGGUUUGCUACAUUUAAUCUUUCAAUUUUUUUAAUUUAAGGCGGGUGGGUAGGUAUUUUUUAAUGUUUUUGACUAGGUCUAAUACGAAAGUUAAAGCUAAGACAACAGUUAAAACAAAUCUAAGGCUAAGGCUAAGGCUAAGACUAAGGCUAAGGCUAAGGCUAAGGCUAAGGCUAAGGCUAAGGCUAAGGCUAAGGCUAAAGCUAAGGCUAAGGCUAAGGCUAAGGUUAAGGCUAAGGCUGAGGCUAAGGCUAAGGCUAAGGCUAAGGCUAAGGCUAAGGCUAAGGCUAAGGCUAAGGCUAAGGCUAAGGCUAAGGCUAAGGCUAAGGCUAAGGCUAAAGCUAAAGCUAAGGCUAAGGCUACAUAUAUUUACAAUUGUUCUUUGCUUUUCUAA